AUGUGGGUUACUGUUCUUCUUGCUUUAUUCUCUUUCAAUGCCUUCUCAACAAGUCAAGUGCCAGGAUGUACGAAUGGUUUCACGCUGCUCAAUGGAAAGUGCCUGAAGUUCUUCCCGGAUAAACUACAUCAGUUAGACGCCGAGGGCAUGUGCACAUAUGUCGGAGGAAAUCUCGUGGCAUUGAAGAAUAGUGGAGAUGACAUUGCCAUCGAAAAAAUUGUCAACGGCCAGACCCACGCCAUCUGGAUCGGCUUGUACUGUUUCGGGAACGACCCAUCACAGUGCUAUUGGGAUGAUACAACAUCAGUCGUGGACAGUUACAAAAACUUUGCAAACGGAUUCCCUCUAUCGGAUAUUGGAAAUUGUGUGCACUAUUCGGUUGGAGGGUCUUUGAAUGGGAAAUGGACCAGUGGAGACUGCAAAGGACAAUCCAUGUCAUUCGUUUGUGAAUUGCCGGCCACUUUUGAAGAUGCCUGCACGUUCAACUACGGUGGAUCUUGCUACACCUUCAACGACCCUCUUCCAUUCUCAGAUGCUCAAGCAGCUUGUGAAAAGGAAUGCGGAAACUUGGUUUCUAUCAAUUCCUUCCAAGAGAAUCGAUACCUCAACCAAUUGAUCCAAGACUCAAGUACCGAUUAUCUCAUCGGAGCAUCGUUUGCAACUCCAGACUCUUUGAAAUGGAUUGAUGGAUCUGAUCAUUCCUUCCUCAAUUUGGAUCCUUCAGUUCCGAGUCGUUCUCACUGCUUGGUGAUUUCUUCUGGACUAUUUGGAGUCGAAGUAAAAGGAAACUGGUACGGUGUGGACUGUGGCAAUGCUACACGCUUCAUUUGCGAACGCCCGGCAGGUCUUGGAGAAUGUAACCCACAUGCUCCGGUUACUGUAGCUCCUGCACCAACAAAUCCAUCAAACUGCAAUAAGUACAUGUUGAUGGCACCUGGAAUCAUCACAUCGCCCAAUUAUCCAAACAAUUAUGGCGAUGAUGUGUCUUGUACCUACCGUAUCAAUACUCUUGGAUCCUUUAAUGUUUUGCUUCAAUUCACUUCAUUUUCUACGGAACUGAAGAAUGAUGUCGUCAGUGUUUAUGAUGGAGACAUUAUCAAUCACCAAACAUUCAAAGGGAAUUUCAGUGGAAACUUGGAUCGAUUCAAUUUGGUAUCUUCUGGUAAUAUGAUGACGGUUGUUUUUAAUUCGGAUGCACAAAAUGGAGCAAAAGGAUUCAAGGCGAAAUUCUCGUCCUAUGCUGGGCUGUAA